UUUAGAUGGAAAAUCAAAUUGGUUGAAAACAAAAGUAAGUUGAAGUCGUGUUGCGUUUCGGAAUUUAGGAUAAAGUAGACCGUCAGUGGAUUCAGACGAUCUUCAAUGAUUUCAUUUAAUAGAAUUCCAUAACCACCUUUUGCACGAAAGACUUGUAAGGAAUUAAUUUACAGUGGUAGUUGUGUUGUAGCUGCGAUAACUGUGGUAUUUACCUUUGCGUGGUUAGACGAAGUGUGAGAGAAAUCACACCACCUGUUUGAAGCGAGACAACCGUACACAGAUGACAAGCUUUCCAACAUCCGGCGACCUGAAACCUUCCCCACCAUGAGCGAGCUGGGAGAGAAGAUCUCCCUUUUUAGAAAAGAGUUCUUUUCGCAUUUCUUCACGUUCCUUGGCUGGUUUGUUUUAGCGUGGAUUGCAUGGGCUUUCGGCGCGCUUCACCUUAGCUUUGCGUGGCUUGUACUGUUUUUGUUUAUCGGUGCCUUUCUCCAAUCUGGCCAUCUCUUGAAAUCGAACAAGCGUAAAAUUCACCGAGUAAUAAAACAAGAAAAUGAUGUCAAGAAAGUAUGGCCUAAUAUGCCUUCGUGGAUUUAUUUCUCCGAGGAAGAGCAUGCCUUAUGGCUGAAUAGAAUCUUGGACCAAAUGUGGCCUUACGUUGAAGACAUGGUACAAGGUAUAUUGAAGCACAGCGUUGAGCCUGCAAUUCAAAGCUACCUUCCAGCUCCCUUGCAAAGCUUGUGUUUCGAGAAAAUGGCGUUGGGACAAACUCCUCUAUACAUAACAAACAUCAAGACAUAUAAAGCUAAAAAGCGAGAUAAAGAAUUCAUUAUGGAUUUGGAUGUUGUCUACAACGGCGAUGCUCACUUCACAUUAGGAAUCAAGAAAGUCCAACUUGGAAUUUCAGACCUGAAAAUCCACGGACCGUUACGAGUUAUUCUCAAGCCUCUGUUAUCUGAUUAUAAUCCAGUAGGUGGCGUGACAGUAUUUUUCCUAAACAGACCGAAAAUCUCUUUCGAUUUGACGAAUUUAUUAAGUGUUUUAGACAUACCCGGGUUGAAAGGAACUUUGUUGGACAUCGUCGAAGAUGUCGUCGCGUCGUUUGUCGUGCUACCAAAUCGAAUAGCUGUCCCCUUGUCGGCAAGUGUCGACGCAGGCGACUUGCAAUACCCGAUUCCCGAUGGUGUACUCCGAGUCGAAGUCAUAGAAGCGAAGGAUCUUAUUGCCGCAGAUAUGGCGCUGUUAAGCAAACCCACAUCCGAUCCGUACUGUAUCGUCGAAGUUGGCGCUCAAAAAUACCGAACGAAAACCAAGAAGUCUAACUGUGAUCCUGUAUGGAAAGAGACGUUUGAAGCUUUCAUAGACAAUACCGAAGGCCAGGAGUUAUUCUGCAAAGUUUACGACGAAGAUAUUGCAGGAAAGGACACAGAAAUAGGUGAAGUUGAUGUCCAAGUGGCGUCGGCCUUCGAGAACGGGAAGACAGAUCUCUGGCUUCAUUUGGAAGGAGUUGAAGAAGGACGAAUCCAUCUUGGCUUGAAAUGGUUCUCUCUGAGUCCAAACCCUUCUGAUUUAAGACAAGCAACUCCACGUAACCCCACAGUAGCGGCCCUAUUCGUCAAGAUAAUCAACGCUAUAGAUCUCCCUAAAGAUAUGACGUCAAUAGAGACCCCAACAUGGUUGCUAUGUAAGGUGAACGUUGGUAAAACGUCGAAGGAUACAUUCCAGGUCAGCAGUGCGGCUCCCACAUGGAGCCAAGGCUUACGAUUCCUUAUAAGUGACCCGCGCACGCAAAAUGUCAAGAUCAGUAUCUUGGAAGGUGGUGAUAAGAAGGUCUUGGGCUACUGCAAUUUCGAUCUGAAAAGAAUCGCUAAUGUGCCAGGGAUGUCACACGAGGGGGCAUUUCCUCUACAAGGGCCAGGACUAGAGCGAACAGCGCUCAAGUGUCGCGUUGUCAUGCGCGCCUUGAGAGCGCACGAACCAAAACCAGUAGAACCGGUAACACCGGCUACGAAAAACUCCGUGCUGGAAAGUCAUCACGACCUAGGGGGGUCAAGCUCAACGUCAAAUUUGACUGGGGGGGAGACGGACGGGGGAAGUGCAAGUUUUCCACGUGGUGCGUACUCUACUACAUCUUUAACUAGUAGUACUGCCGGGUUCAGCUCUGAGUUGUCCGUAGGACCUUCGAUAGGACCAUCAACCGAAGAGUUAUCGACAAGGGGAGAGGUCAAACUCACUCUAAAAUACGACCAUGGCAAAAAUAGACUACUGAUCAACAUCAUUCGCGCGGAAAGACUUAGAUCUAGGUACCCAGAGAACAAAACAAACCCGUUUGUCAGGUUGUACCUGCUACCGGACCGAACAAAGAAAACCCGACGGCGGACAGGAGCCGUACGUGGGAGUCUGGCACCUAGUUUUAAUGAAACAAUAGAGUAUUGUGUUGGGUUGGACCAACUGAAGGACAGAGAUUUAGAUAUAGAGGUAAAGAAUGCGAGACCAGGGCUGAGCAUGCGUAGGGGGUGGAAUUCGAUUGGACGAACAACGAUACAGUUGUCAGAGUUGAGUCUAUCCGCGGGUAUAACUAUGACAUGCGAGCUCAAAAAAUAGAUAAACUCUACAAGGGCACAAAACGGAUAGCCCCUCCGCAAGCAUCACAAAGAGCAGAAAAAGAAAAAAAAAGGAUUGGGUUUCCUGUGGCAAAAAAACGCAAGUGACAAACCGGAAGCGCUACUUCUAGUCUCCCUCCUCCGCAAUUUCGCCACAGGUAACCCAUUCUUUCCGUCCAUUUCUUAACGAGUUGCCCGCAGAGAAGGCUACAAAACGGAUCUGUUCCGCAAAAAAAAUGUUCCGCAGCCCGUUUUUUUUUGCUGGCUGGGAAGAUGUUAUAUCCCUCGGUUGCUGGGGAAAAAAAUCGUCCCGAAUGGUUCUGCUCGCAAAUUUGUGGAGUCGAACAAGUUGUGCUGGGAAUAUUUUUGGGGCGCUGGAGCGGAUGCUUGGGAAAAAAUCGUCCCGAUCGGUUAUACGGGCAAUUAUUCAUGUGCUAAAAUGCCUAACCACUGCUGG